UUGAGUCGACAAACAAGUGUGAGGAGAUCAUAGAGAUGGUGUUCUUAGAAUCAGAUCUUCAGGAUGGAGAAAUGAAUGAGGUUGUGAUGGACCAUCAUAAAAUCUUGUUGGUGUGGAAUAAUGGAGAAUUUACUGCUGUGGGUGGUCUUUGCACCCAUUAUGGUGCCCCUCUUGUUAAAGGUGCUUUGCUUGGAGAUCGAGUUCUUUGCCCAUUUCAUGGGGCGUGUUUCAAUACUAAAACUGGAGAUAUUGAAGAAUUUCCUGGACUGGACUGUCUGCUUAAGUACAAGGUCAAAGUAGAGGAUGGUAAAGUUUACGUGACUGCUGGUAAAAAGAUGCAGAACAAGCGAGUUAAGGAAAUGAGUGGGAGAGUCCCUGAAGUCAGUCACACUGUAGUCCUAAUUGGAGGAGGUCCAGCUUCCUUGCAAUGCGCAGAAACCCUUCGGCAGAAUUCUCAUGGCGGUAGAAUUAUAAUAGUUAGCAAAGAUGAGCAAUUACCUCUGGAUAAGACCAAGCUUAGCAAGGCAAUGAAUAUUGAAAUUUGAAAGAUUCUGCUUCGGCAGAGUGACUUCCUUCAGCAGUAUGAAAUCGAAGUGUGGACUAAAAAGGAGGCAAAAACAGUCACUUUCAAGGAUGGCACUAACCAGCACUAUGAUCAGCUCUUGAUUUCUACAGGUGGCAGAGCCAGGCCACUGCAGUGUCCUGGUGCUGAGCGGGAAAAUGUGAAAUUGGUGCAGAACUAUAAGGAUGCCACAGAAAUUCAUCAAAUCAGUUCAGGCAAAAGGGCGGUAAUCGUUGGAACUUCAUUCAUAGGAAUGGAGGUAGCAGCUUAUUUGUCUGGCAAGGCAUCCAGUGUCACUGUUAUUGGCAGCAGCAAGUUUCCUUUCCAGUCAUCACUGGGUCCACAUAUUGGGAAAAUGACGAUGCAGGUUAAUACUAGUAGACAUUGAAAGUUUUACAUGAGUAAUGGUGUGGCUGAAAUUCAAGGUGAAAAUGGAAUGGUAAAGGAAGUUGUUUUGAAAAACGGGGAAGUCCUUCCAGCAGACAUUGUAAUUGUGGGCAUUGGUGUCAUACCCAACUCUGAUUUCUUAAAGACAACAUUGGUGGAAAUUGAUUCACGCAAUGCUGUUGUCGUGGACGAGUUAAUGAGAACUAAUGUUCCUGAUGUUUUCGGUGCUGGAGAUGUGGUGUCGUUUCCACUUGCUCUGGUCGGGCAUAAGAGGGUUAAUAUUGGACACUGGCAGUUGGCACAAGCACAUGGACGAAUUGCUGGCUUAAGUAUGCUGAAUCGACAGGUUGCGACUGUACCAUACUUCUGGACCGUGUUGUUAGGGAAAAGUAUCCGAUACACAGGCUACUGAGAGGGAUACACUGACAUUGUUUUCAAAGGAAGUCUUGAGGAAAGAAAGUUUUUGGCGUUUUACAUUAAAGAUGAAGAAGUUGUUGCAGCUGCCAGCAUGAACUUUGACCCUGCUGUCGCAAUGUUGGCAGAAAUGUUAUUGAUCGGGAAGAUCACUAAGGCUCAGGCCCAAUCCGAUGACCUUAGCUGGUUGCAGCUCCCAUAAAAGUCUAUCAACACUUCAGUUAUCAACACUUAUGUCCAUUUCUAUGUUGUUUGCAGUUUGUCUGUCCAUUAUUUUAUUUUAAUAUCUUACUGUACUUAUAUUUAGUACCAGGUAUAUAGCUUCUUAUUAUCAAAAAAGAAAAAAAAACAUUGUUUGCCGGAGUCAUAAGUCCAGGUGCAGCUGUUCUUACAAACAGCUGAAGACCCACCCCAGCACAUGUCCUGACAUCAGUGACUAGACAGUGCGAUAAACAUUUGUCUGUGGAGAAAUCCUUAUACACUUUAUUACUUUACUUUGCUUAUUGGUAUGAUAAUAAGUACUUAUGUUCUGUUGAUUUUCAUGUUUUAUAUUGUAUCUACAGGGUAACUGGCAUUAAUACUUUUUACAAUUUUAUCAAUUCAUUUUUAUAUUGCAUUUAAUUUAUAGUGCACAUUUGAGUACAUUUCUGAAGCAGACCAUUUA